AGAGAGAGAUACAAAUCCUAAAUCGCCAGGAUAUCGUCAUCAGGGCACGAGGGUGAGAGCAGCAAAGUCUGGAAUUCCUUGUCACCUACUGGUUGUGCAUUCGAUCGUCUGGGUGAAACAUGGACGGGGGAGGAGGGGGACAGACAGAGAGAGAGAAACGGAUCACGGAUCCCUCUGGAACUUUCAUUGCGCACACCUGGCCCCUAUUCCCACUGAUUGUAUUUGUAUAUAUAUGUGUCCUUUGUUCACCAUGGUCUUGUAGAUUAUUGUUAAAAUGUCCGUUGGUGCGUGUGAGUAGCGGAAGCAGCAGAGGAACCAGUUCACCAGCCUGCUAGUCAAUUAGCCAGCGCCAGCGGGAGAGAGACAGCCACCCAUCUGCGAAGGAGUUAAUCGCCUGGUGUUGUAAUGAAUUAAAUAAAAGAGUUUCCGCCGCAUGUGCCGGAGAGAGGGAGGGGAGGGGAGAAAGAGAGCGCCAGAGGGAGGGAGAGACUGACAAAGCGGUAUGAGGAUCCUCUGCACCUGACGGAGCGAAGGGACAGCCUGGUGUGACUGGAGAGGAGAGAGGACAGGAGAGGAGGACAGGUGCUCUGCAGCAACAGCCCAACUACUGGAGCUUUAAGGUCAGUGCUAGUCGUAGCCCGCGUCACUCCCAGUCCACCCAGUCUGGGCUAGCUGACCAGGCUGCUAAACUGUCCUUUGCCUCGGCUGAGUCUCUGGCUGAGACCAUGUCUGAGGCUGACAUCCCCCUGGGGUUCAGCCGAACCAACCGCUUCCGCCAGAGUCUGCCCCUGUCCCGCUCAGCCAGCCAGAACAAGCUGCGCUCCCCAGGCGUGCUGUUCCUGCAGUUUGGGGAUGAGACGCGGCGGGUGCACAUCACCCACGAGCUGAGCAGCCUGGACACGCUGCACGCCCUCAUCGUGCACAUGUUCCCCCAGAAGCUGACGGCGGGGAUGCUUAAGUCCUCCAACACGGCCAUCCUGAUCAAGGACGAGGCGCGCAACGUCUUCUACGAGCUGGAGGACAUCCGGGACAUCCAGGACCGCAGCAUCAUCAAGAUCUACCGCAAGGAGCCCAUCUACGCCUCCUACCCCGGCACACACCUGGUCAACGGGGACCUGAGGAGGGAUCUGGUGUACACGUCCCGAGAGUCCUCCCCCACCCGCCGCCUCAACACCCUGCCCUCGUCCUCCGCCUCACCCCCCUCCGGCUCCCCAGCCCGCUCCCGUCUGUCCUACAGCGGGGGUCGGCCUCCUUCCUUCGCCGGGCCGGGCAGUCACCCCCAGCUUCAACAACACUCCCAGCACCAGCAGCACCCCCAGCAGCACCAGCCCCAGCACUCCCACCACCCUGGAGCCGGCUCCCACCACGGGGGCCCCAACGCCGGCCUGUCCUCUUCCCCUAGCGCCAUCCUGGAGCGCCGCGACGUCAAGCCCGACGAGGAGGUUUCUGGGAAGAACAUGAUGCUGGUAAAGGAGGGGCUGUACGCCGACCCCUACAGCCUGGUACACGAGGGCCGCCUCAGCAUCGCCUCCACACAGUCGCUGGCCGCCAUCGGAGACCCCUUCGGCUUCCCCGUGUCCGGUGGGCUGUACCGCCGCGGCUCUGUGCGCUCCCUCAGCACCUACUCUGCUGCCGCCCUGCAGGGGGAGCUGGAGGACGCCCUGUACAAGCCUGGAGGUCCCCUCUACUCCGACUCCUACUCCUCAGCCACACUGGGCAUGGGCUUCCGCAUGCCCCCCUCCUCCCCGCAGAAGAUCCCUGAUAUGCAGCUGAGGGACAGGGGGGACUCGUACUCUAGCUCCCCCAGCCGAGCCUCCCCGGUCAGGCAGACCUUCCACAAGGACUCAGCCUCCUCUUCCGUGUUUGUGGAGAGCCCCAAGUCCAGGCCCAGUUCCAGCUCUGACCCUCUGGCCCUGCAGGCCGGGCCGGGAGGAGACGGGAGCAGGUUUGCGCCCGGAUACAGCUCCCCACUCCCUGGAGAGACUUCUGAGUCCAGGGACCGUGCGGACCGUCUGGAUCGUAUGGAGGCCAUGGAGAAACAGAUAGCCAGUCUGACAGGCCUGGUUCAGAGUGUACUGACCAAAGCCCCCGACAGUGACAGCACAUGCGGCCUACUGCGUCUCUGCAUGAUGGCGGGCUGCCCUCCGGACCAGGGCUCGGAGUUCUCACGGCCCUUCCCUUUCUCUUCCAGCGAGAAGACCGAAUCCAACAGCGACGGCUCCGCCACUGGAGCUCUGACGCCGUCGGCCCCGCUGGCUCUGAUGCCCCCCCCUCCCUCCGGAGACAGCCAGGUCACCACCGUUACCCGGCUGCAGAUGCAGCUUCACCUCCACGACCUGCAGCAGAACGCCACCGACCUGCGCAAACAACUUUCCCAGCUCCGCAAGAUGCAGCUCCAGAACCAGGAUAGUGUGAAGACGCUGCUGAAAAGAACGGAGAAGGAGCUGAACGUGCGUGUGAGUGACGCUCUGAGGAAGCAGGAGGACCCUCUGCAGCGACAGCGCCUCCUGGUGGAAGAGGAGAGACUCAAGUAUCUCAACGAGGAGGAGUUUAUCAUCCAGCAGCUCCAUGACCUGGAGAAGUCAGUGGAGGAGAUCCAGAAAGGUUCUUCUGUCAAUCACAAACUGGUGACGGUCCAGGAGCUGGAGGAGAAGGCCUCGCUUCUGAGGAAACUAGGAGAGACACUCACAGAGCUCAAGAACCAGUUCCCCAGUCUGCAGAGUAAGAUGCGGGUGGUGUUGAGGGUGGAGGUGGAAGCCGUCAAGUUCCUGAAGGAGGAACCACACAGACUGGACGCCCUGCUGAAACGCUCCAAGAGCAUCACUGACACACUGACCACUAUGCGCAGGCAAGUGAAUGAGGGCGUCUGGAAGAAGCAGGAGGACUUCCCCAAGCACAGCAGUGAGGACUUCCGUAAGAGUUCUGACUUUGACAUGCCCACCAGCCCACCUCUCAACCUCAGUGACCUGAGGGGCGGCAGUAGCCUGUCUAACUGGAGCCCCCACUCCAGCCACAGCCAUAGUCACAGUCACGGUCAUGGACACAGCCACUCCUCCUCUGGCCCUCACAGGGACAAUCAUCCCCCUGUGCCUCACAAGGGCCGGGCCCUGGAAGAGCUGGCCAACCGCGCUGCCGCUGAUAAGGCUGUGUCUGUGGAGGUUCGACUGGCAGCAGAGCGGGACUGGGAGGAGAAGCGGGCCAGUCUGACCCAGUACAGUGCUCAAGACAUCAACCGUCUGCUGGAGGAGACCCAGGCUGAGCUGAUGAAGGCCAUCCCAGACCUGGACUUUGCCGCCAAGCAGAUCAACAAGCCCUCCUCCAACACACCCUCACAGUCUCAGACCCCCCAGAGUGGGGGAGGGACCCCAGAGCACCGCCCUACCAAGCCCCAGCACGCCACACACAAGCUCUCGGGGAAGGAGCCUGGCUCCAGACGGGGUUCUGAUGCAGAGCAGCUGACAGUGACUCGCUAUCGUACAGAGAAGCCCUCGAAGUCGCCCCCUCCCCCGCCACCUCGACGCAGCUUCCCAUCAUCCCCGGCUGGCCUGAUCACCCGCAGCGGAGAGACCCUUAUCCCUGGCAAGAGCAUGAAGUCGGAGGCGGAGGAGGCAGAAGCACAGAAGCCCCAUGUGAAGCUGCGACGGACAGUGUCUGAAAACCCGCGUCCUGCGUCCACCCCUCCCACCAUCGCCUCUGGAGACAAGGAGGAGGGAGAGGAGGACAAGAUCGCUGCUGAACUGGAGCUGUUUCAGAGAGCCCCCCUCAGGCUCAGCCACCCCCCUCCCCUGUCCCUGCCCAGUGCCCCCCGCAGCAGGACCAGCGUGCCCCCCUCCAGCCUCGACUUAUGGCCCCGAGGUGCCCCGGGCACCAAGGCACAGAGCAUGGCCCUUCCUGGUCCGUCCUUCUCUCCUGUCCCACGGAUUGUGCUCACAGAGUGCGUGUCAGUUUCACCCUCUCCCUCAGAAGGCUUUGUCAGAGACUUGACACAGGACCAUCAGAUGUCCCCAACAGUGGACCAGUCCCAGAGCCAGACUGCUCCUCCCCAGACAGUCCCCAAGAUCCAGGAGGUCUCUAAGGGGAAUGAUCCCGUCAGCCAGCCCCAGAGGAAGCCCUCUCGGCGGGGGGAGCAGAAAAUCCUGGAGCCCUUUGAGAAGGAGGAAGAGAGGGAGGAGAGAGAAGAGCUGUCCUUGGUGCUGACUGAGCUGGGGGUGAUGGUGAUGUCACCCUCGGAGGCCCAGAUGCUCAGCAGGACUUGGGGAGAGGCUCUACAGACACUCACCAUCCCACCUCAGUCUUCAGAGGGAAGCACUGAAACCCGUCUGUGUGGGGCUCCACUACUGGUACUCUUCAGGGAGACUGUGACGGUCAGAGAGGCCUACAGGAAGCUGCAGUUACUGCUGGGCAGGGAGGAGGACACAGGGUCAUCCAAGGUGGUCCCCAAGCCCAUAGCAGGAUCUUCUCACAGCUGCCUGAGCAGCAGCCCCAGUACCCUGGGUUCCAGGAUAACUCUCUCCCCUGAGCUGCUGGACUCUCUGAGAGAGGCUCUGAGGAGAGGGGUGGAGACAGGGGCCAGGAACCUGACACUCCCUCACAGCACUGGAACAAAGAGCAUUCUAGCCACCCUUCCGGAGCCCAGUCAGGACUCUGCAGAAGCAGCAGUGAAACCCAAUGGUUCUGCAGGGUGUGAGGAGAGCCAGGCCUGGGAAGAACAGGGACUGGACCCCUGGAAGCAAGGAGAGGACAUUAGGAGCAGCACCUACAGGAGGCUGGACAGCCUGGAUGAAACCAUCCGCGAGCUGGAGAACACCCUGCUGGAGCUCAGUGGCCACCCCCCCACACCCCCCACUGACACUGCCUUGUCAGAGGCUCCAGACACAGCGCAGACGCCUGGCACCAGCACCCCAGAGACCAAGAAGCCCCCAGUCCCACCCAAGCCCAAAACCUCCUACACUCCUGCCACGAUGACCAAGGGAGGCAACAGCUCUUCAGCUGUGGGUAAAAUCCACUCCUCGGCUGCCUCCAGACUGAAGCACCUGCAGCAGAGCAGCACAGAGAAGACCAAAACUGGCAAGAGGGAAGACUUCCUCAAGGGCCAGCAGCAGUGAGUGAGGGACCAGCCUGUGCCCCGUGCCUGUCCUCUCCAGACUCCUCCUCAGCACCAACCACCUGACUACAGAGCUGCAUCUGACCCCCCCCCCAUCCCCUGCUACUCCUAGUCCACGCCCUUUAGCCCCCCUCCCCUCUGUUGGCUUAACAUGGGUAUUAGCAGUCUCUGACUCCUGUACCCUCUCAUGUCCUACAUUGACCCCACAAUGCACAAGAUAUCUACCACUCUCCCCUUGGUGUGUUGGUGUGUGUUCUGUAUGUUUGUGUGUGUGUUCUGUAUGUCUGUGUGUGUGUUCUGUAUGUCUGUGUGUGGGCAUCUCUGUGUGAAUGGAAGGGUGCUGUCGGGGACCACUACCAACUAUAUGACUGUACUCUCUUUUUUCAUUUUCUCUUUUCCCCCCUGAAACCUUUACAAUUUUCCCCAAUUCUCCAUGUUCAUCCUCCUGUUCCUCCUCUUCCUGGUCUGUCCCUGGGUCUGACCCGUAGG